AAGUCAAACAACUUUGCAUUAAGCUAGUACGUCAUUUAUGUAAGUUAAAUCAAGAGAAUUCUUCGAAACGCAGUAAUUAUUGCAAUUAUAUACGUUAUUGGUUAUUUGAGCAAAUAGGUGUAAUUUAUACUGGUGAAUCUGCAAGCAUUGGUGAUGAACCUUUUUUUAAAAAACUUAUUGAAACAUGGGAAAUCAUUAAUAUGUUUAAAUUAAAAAGUACAUGUAAUCCUGAAAAAAUAAAAGGUGUUAAUUUGAAUGAAUUAAAAAAUAGGAUAUUUUCGUAUAUUUAUUUUAAAAAUCUUGAAGAAAUUAAAAAAAUUAGUAAUGAAAAUGGAAAAGAUUGCAAUAAUCAGUACAUGACGAAUAUAUGGAUAGACAUUGUGGAAGUUU